GCUGCCAUUUCUUCAUUUUCACUAUACGCUCACAAAUCUCGUCAAGUCUGACACAUAUAUCGCUUGCCUUGUUUUGCUCCUCCCAAGAUAUGAAAAUGGCGGGACCUAUCAGGGUCAAUCCGCCUUGGAAUCCACUUUGGAAUGCUCGUGCUCAAAUCCCUCCAGCACUUAUCAGAAGACCUUGGUUGAGAGGUUCGGAGUUACUUAUCGAUACUGGCCGUAAUCAUUGGGUAGUGACGCCCACUCAAUUAAGGCGAGAAUGGCCUGAGCUGUAUCGAAGCCUUCGAGCUUCCGGCAAUCGAGUGGCAAUACAACCCAGCAAACCAUGGUACGAGUUUCGAAGUCUAGAGGAUUAUUCAUAUGAUUCUGCCGCUUGGGAAAACAUCAUGGCUAUGAUGGCCACUCGAGGAAAUGCUCUUCUUGCGCCUUACAUCACAAAUCCUCCUCACCUCGAUCUGUUACUGAACGAGAUGUUGCAACAUCGCUUCAAUCCAAUCGCCCAAGCCUAUCUAUACGACGCCACGAUUCCUUUGCUAGGCCGGGUUAGUGAACUACUCGAGAAGAAUGGUGGGUUUUGGCCUCCUUCGAAUAUUGUGUUUCAACUCAUUCAAAAAUGUCAAGCUCUGGUUCCAUCGGUGGCAAGGUUGGGCCCGGGCUAUAUCUACGAUCUCAUCGUGUGUAUCGACCGAAUAAGUGGCCAAGAUCAUCAGACCCUUAUCAACACACUUUCCAUGAUAAAUGACAUUCAAGACCUCGCGUUGCUUGGGCAGCUCUGCGACGAGCAAGCCUUAGCGAAGGUCUAUGGGGGUGAGGGGAGCACGCUCGCAAUUCGCAUUGGGUCGCUUAUCUAUGACCUUAGUUGGGAUGCCUAUGCGGUUGAUCGAGGGCAUGUUUAGCUCGGUUGGCACAUAAAGGAGACCGUUGGCUAUAGGAAUAGAGAAGAUGCGUUCUCCUGGUUUUCCUUUGUUGUUGUUUCGUUGCCGCAAGCUGCAAUUGACUCGGACUUAACACCACAAUGUCGCGCCAUCUCUAUCUAGUGCCCCCAACAUCCCUGCUCCGGAUAGGA